UCCCGUCGGCGCAUCAACCACCCCCCCUCGGCGCUGUACAGCGUGGUGGGAGAGAAGCUGCGCGUGGGCACGCCGCGCGCGCUGCAGUGCGCGUUAUUCUGCGGCGGCCCGCGCUGCCGGUAUGAGGUGCCGCAGCCGGGCACUGCGAUACAGGGGCUUUAUUCUGACUGGGUAACAGACGACAUCCUCGCGAUGGCGCGGCCCAGCACCGCGAGCAUCGCCGCCAGGAAUAUUAUACAACAGUUCCAUAGCUGGGGUAUUCGUACAGUGAUAAACCUCCAGACCCCAGGGGAGCACGCCAGCUGUGGACCCCCACUCACCAAGUCGGGGUUCACGUACGACCCCACCAUUUUCAUGGCCAAUGAUAUAUACUACUACAAUUUCGCGUGGCCGGACUACGCGGAAGCAAGUCUGAGCGGUCUCCUUAAUAUGGCUAAGGUGCUAUCUUUCGCCCUACAAGAAGGCAGGGUGGCUAUCCACUGUCAUGCAGGUAAUAUAAUCCACUAUAUAAAUCGCCGCAACUGAAUGCACUUCUCUUACACAAUAGCUUGCAAGAUCCCCCCGUUUUG